AAAGUCUGCGCUGUCUCUUGGUCUGCUCGAGAGAAAAAAAAGAAUCCAUCUGCCGCAUUAAAACACUUUCCUAGUAGGCUAUGAUUAAUGUUCAUGAAGCAGGUCUCCAGAGGUACUCAUGUCUCGUCUUGUCUCCCCUCAGGUGGACCUUCCGAGGACCUUCACAUUCCGCAACUCCAAACAGACCUACACAGGCAUCCCCAUCAUCGCUGCCAACAUGGACACUACAGGGACGUUUGAGAUGGCACAGGUCCUCAGCAAACACACUCUCUUCACAGCCAUCCAUAAACAAUACUCUGUAGAGGACUGGAAGAACUUUGCUGCUAAUCAUCCAGAAUGCUUAGAGGUAAUAGAGAU